CACCAACCUCGAAACUUCGCGGGGUCUUCUUUACUUCUUCCCGCCAACACAAAAUCAGUGCGAUUCCCUCUCGCUUUCUCUCGUUCUGUCACCGGACGGCGAGGGUGUGACAACGAUGGAGUUUAGUUUAAGCGGAAAUGCUCUCAAGACCUUUGCUCGCUCAGUCACAUGCCUUGCUCGAAUCGGAAACGAGCUCGUCAUCCAAGCUUCUCCAUCGCAGCUUGCUUUUUACACUCUCAAUGCAUCACGGUCUGCCUAUCAAGCUAUAACAUUUGAGACUGGGUUUUUUGAUCACUAUGCUGUUUCUGGUAAUCAAGUGCAGUGCAGUGUUCUUUUGAAGGCUGUCUGCUCUGUUCUCAGAACACCAAUUGUCAGUAUAGACCAUCUGAAAGUGCAGUUACCAGAUCCUGAUGCAUUGAAAGUGCGAUGGAGUUUGGAAUGUUUCAACGGGAUGAAGAAAACAUACUUUAUUUCUUGCAACAUUGAGCCAGACAUACAACACUUGUCUCUUGACAGGAGGCAAUUCCCAAGCGACUUAGUUGUAAGACCUCGAGAUCUGAACAGAUUACUCUCUAAUUUUCAGUCAUCCUUGCAGGAGAUCACUGUUAUUGCAACAGAACCAACUUCGUUACCUUCUGAAGCUGCAAGUGAGAUUGAAGGAAAGGCUGUUGAACUUAGAAGCUACAUAGACCCAACAAAAGACAAUGAUGCACUGCUUCAUACUCAACUCUGGAUAGAUCCUAUGGAAGAGUUUGUCCAUUAUUCUCACAGUGGAGAUCCAGUGGACAUAACAUUUGGAGUAAAAGAAUUGAAGGCAUUUCUUUCUUUUUGUGAGGGCUGUGAAGUUGACAUCCACCUGUAUUUUGAGAAAGCUGGGGAGCCAAUUCUAAUGGCACCGAAAUUUGGUCUGGAUGAUGGUUCCAGUUCAAACUUUGAUGCUACACUUGUACUUGCUACCAUGCUUAUAUCACAGCUCCAUGCGGGAAACCAAUCACAGCCUCCACAAGAAGCUGCUAGUGUGCAUGGUGAAUCUGAUCGCAGAGCUGGCUCCCAAGCACAAGCACAAGCACAGCAAGAUACAUCUAGACCUAAUGUCUCUGGGCAUCCAUCUGAUCAUACCAGAAUGUGGUCUGACCUCUCAGGAAGUGCACCAAGAAGUGGUAACGGUGCUGAAGGACAGGUACAAGGUGAGAGAAAUUUGAGUUCUUCCGAGCAGAUGGAGAUUCAAAGGAUUAGUACAAUACAGAUUUCAAAAGCUGGGUGUGCUCAAGAAAAUGACCAAGUUGGUCGUGCUGGUGACUAUUCUAUGGGAAGGGAUCAGGGAAGAGAACGUCAAGAGAAGUCUGAUAUUAAUGGUCCUCCUGUGUCCCAACAUCACCCCAGUAACUGGGUGGAUGAAGAAGACGACGACGACGACGACGGGGACGACAACGAAUUGUGUGUUCAGUCAACUCCACCAUACUAUGAAGAACAAUAGAAAGAUGGCAGCGUAAACACAAACCUACUUGAUUUACUCCUCAAACUUUGGCAUAUCAAACUUGUACGACGUUAAACAGUAGGACCAACAUCUCGAAGAUACUACCGCAUGUGCUCGGCUCUCGUGUGAAAAGUGUGAUGUAAUGUCAACCUGGGGGGUUAGAAGAUGCCAACUUUCUCAAUUAGCUGGUGGUAUCUGUAUCCUUGGCUUGAUCAUAGGGUCAUUCUGGUCAUAAAUUGUUAAUGUUUUAGCAUCCAGUCCACUUUACUGUUCUAGUAUAUAGUUGUGAACAGAAUCAGCUAUUGGUUUGGGGUCCUUUGCUUUGUUACUGUGUUCAUUUGCAUUAAUUUCAGGUAUUUUCUAAUGUCUAUGUUGUUUAUAGAUAUGAUGAUGAGUCCCAGAAUGCUGGAGUUUUCAAAUCUCAUGUGAGGUGAAAGAGCAAAAGCUUUUUACUGAGGGGGCAAAGCCUAGUAAGCCCUUCUCUCUCAGAACUUUUUGAAAAGUUUUCCAUUUAUUAAUUGACGCAGAAGUAAAAUUUAAAAAA